AUGACCAUUCGAGGGGAUGUAAGAGAAUGUUAUGGCCAUCAGUCUCGCGAUGAUGCCUUCUCCCUCCUCCGUCUUCGUGCGGCGUUUUUCCUCCCUAUCUACGUCUUCUCCCUUCUCACCGCCUUCUCUACAGUCUCCUUCACGCAUCUCUCCUUCCACGCCAAGCGUCCUACUCUCAAAUCCACCAUCGCUCUUCUCAAAAACUCAUGGAAUCGUCCUCUCGUUACUACGAUUUGCAUCUACGCCAUUCUCGUUGCGUACUCCAUCGUCCCCAACACUCUCGCUUCGAUUUCUCAAUCCUCGGCUGUGCGCUUCGCGAUUUUAGUCGUUGGCGUGAUUUUCGAGGUUUAUUUGAUUGCGAUCCUGAGUUUGGGGCUUGUUGUGUCGAUCGCUGAGGAGAGAUUUGGUUUCGAUGCGAUCCGUACUGCAGCGGCUCUAAUGGCGGAUCGGAGACUGAGCGGUUCGAUUCUCACAGCGAUGUUCCUCCUGGCGUCGAGUUCGAUCUCGUGGGAGAUGGAGGGGCUUAUGGACGGCGUCGAUCACUGGAUGAGGACGACGGCGGCGGUUACGUCCAAUGUGGCGAUAGGCGUGUGGGAUAAGAUGGGGUUAAUUUCGCUGUACGGAAUGGUGAUUAUCUCCGGGUAUGUGGUAACUACAGUUUUUUACUGCGAGUGUAGGAAGAAGGAUUUUGUUAGGGUGGAAAAUGAGGAGGAUCAUGAUCAUAUCGUUACGGUUUAA